CGUGUCUGAAAAUAAGUUCAGUUUUAUGAAGCCAAUGGAAUAUGGAGAAAGAUUCAGUAAUUCCUUUUCUGUAGUGACUUACAAUGUCUCUGUAGUACUAGGUGUACUAAAAUGAAAUGAGAUUCCUGGCAUGUUUUUUUAAAUAAUAGCUGUUGGGCAUUGGCACUGAUGCCCAAACUCCGGAAACAACUGGAAGCAUUGUGUGGGUUUCAGUUGCUAAAAUCUUGCUAAUGUGAUGGCAUAAACUAGUUUGGAUUGAGUCAUGGGUAUCAGCAAUGGUGAUUGAUAGUAUUACAGUGACGCCAUGGGAAUCAGCUGUAUCGUGCAUCAGAAGUUUAUAUUUCUUCUACGUUUGCAAUGGUUUCCCAUUGAGUGGAUCAUGAUGAACAUACUUUAGGGACUUGCCAUAGUAUGGCUGCUUCUCGAUCUACUCGUGUUACAAGAUCAACGGUGGGUUUAAAUGGUUUGGAUGAAAACUUUUGUGGUCGAACAUUAAGAAACCGUAGUAUUGCUCAUCCAGAGGAAGUUUCACCCCAUCCUCAAGUAAGAUCAAGGUCACCAAAGAAGAGACCAGAGUCUGUGCAAGCUCAGAAGGGAAGUAACGGGGGAAGAACUACUGACUUGAAACAGCAGAGUGCUCGGGAAUCAUGGGUGAGCCCUAGGAAGAGAGGGCUGUCUACUUCAGAAAAAGAUAAUACUGAUAAACAAACUGUGGAAAAUUGUGAAAAAAGACAAGCAGAACCUGUAUCACCAGUUUUGAAAAGACUUAAGCGUUGUCUGCGUUCAGAGGCACCCAAUAGUUCAGAAGAGGACUUGCCUACUAAAACAGAGAAGGAAUCAUUGGAGCGUAAAAGCUUAGUGUCGGACAAUGAUGCAGUCUCUCCAGGGACUAAGCGAGCUUGUCGAUGUCUUGUAUUGGAUGAUUGUGACAAAAGGGAAGUUAAAAAGGUGAAUGUCUGUGCGGAAGGAUUUAAUAACUCUGCAAUAGUUGAGGAGAUUGCCGGCUAUCAGACUGUCAAUGGAGUUGGUGAGAGAGACUCAAAUUCUCUAAACUGUGAUGACUGUCAGCUUGAUGGGAACGCUAAGCAAAACAGUGCUGGUUCCUGUAUGCCCAAGGACAAAACAGUAGCAGAAAAUGGAAAUGCAUUUGCCCGUUCUUCGUUGUUGCUUAAUAGCAGCAAGGAGGACAGUGUCGUAGACCAUUAUGUGCCUUGCACAAACUCUCAAGAACAGGUAAAGUUAGAGGACCACAAAAUAAUAAAUGACUGCUUGCCUGAGGAGCAUGCUAAUCAGGCAAAUGAGCCAGCUACAGGGUCCUUUUCUGAAAUCCAGUCAUCUUUGUUAAGGGAUUCUGAGGAGGAGGUAGAUGUCGUAGGAGAUAGUAGUGCCUCUAAGGAACAGUGUGCUGAAAACAACAAUCGCAACCCGAAUACUCAUCAUGAUAGUACAUCAAUCUCAGGUGAGCCUGAACCACAUUCUUCUGUGCUGGACUGUGUUUCAGCUCAAAUGACGUCUAUGUCAGAACUUCAAGAACACAGAUACACAUUGAGAACUUCACCACGAAGGCCUGUCCCUGCUAGAAGUAGUCCUACUAAAAAUAACUCUCCUUGUAGAGAAAACGGACAGGUUGAGGAAAAUAAUCUUAGUCCCACUGAAAAGAAUGUACCUGUAGGUAUUAAUAAUAUCAAUGGAUCUCCCAAAAACUCAGAAGAAGUUAAACAGAAUGAAAAAGAGAGGAAUUGUAACACUGGAGAUCAUGGGAGUGACGGACUAAGAAAGCCACUUUCUGAGGCUAGGCUUGUUGCUGGAUAUAUACCAUCUGCCAAAGAGAGUGCCAACGUCCACACUGCAGAGGAUGAGGAGGAAGAGCCUGAUGUGUAUUACUUUGAAUCAGAUCAUGUGGCAUUGAAACACAACAAAGAUUAUCAGAGACUGUUACAGACGAUUGCUGUACUCGAGGCUCAACGUACUCAAGCAGUUCAAGACCUUGAAAGUUUAGGCAAACACCAGAGAGAAGCCCUGAAAGAUCCUAUUGGAUUUGUGGAAAGACUCCAGAAGAAGGUUGAUAUGGGUCUUCCAUAUCCUCAGAGAGUUGUUCAGCUCCCUGAGAUUUCCUGGGACCAAUACACCACUAGCCUUGGAAACUUUGAGAGAGAAUUCAAAAACCGAAAGCGUAACAGUAGGAGAGUGAAGCUGAUUUUUGACAAAGUGGGUAUACCUGCAAGACCAAAAAGUCCUUUGGAUCCCAAGAAGGAUGGAGAGUCUGUUUCGUACUCUGUAUUGCCUUUAAGUGAUGGUCCAGAAGGUUCUACAAGCAGUCGUCCACAGAUGAUAAGAGGGCGACUUUGCGACGAGACCAAACCCGAAACUUUUAACCAGCUGUGGACUGUAGAAGAACAGAAAAAACUUGAGCAAUUACUUUUGAAGUAUCCACCAGAGGAAGUAGAGUCCCGACGGUGGCAGAAGAUAGCUGAUGAGCUGGGAAAUAGAACAGCAAAGCAGGUUGCCAGUAGGGUGCAAAAAUAUUUUAUAAAACUGACUAAAGCUGGUAUUCCAGUUCCAGGAAGAACUCCGAACUUAUAUUUAUACUCCAAAAAGUCAUCAAGUAGACGGCAGCACCCUUUAAAUAAACAUCUUUUCAAACCUUCAACUUUCAUGACAUCCCAUGAACCUCCAGUUUAUAUGGAUGAAGAUGAUGACAGAUCCAGCUUUCACAGCCAUAUGGAUACUGCAGCAGAAGAGGAAGUAUCGGAUGAAGAGAGUAUUCCAAUAACAUAUCGAGAGUUACCUGAAUACAAAGAACUCUUAGAGUUUAAAAAAUUGAAGAAGCAGAAACUCCAGCAGAUGCAUGCAGAAAGUGGAUUUGUGCAGCAUGUGGGAUAUAAGUGUGAUAACUGCGGAAUUGAACCUAUUCAGGGUGUUCGGUGGCAUUGCCAAGACUGCCCUCAAGAAAUGUCCUUGGAUUUCUGUGAUUCUUGUUCUGACUGUAUAUAUGAAACAGAGAUUCAUAAGGAAGAUCAUCAGUUAGAGCCUAUUUACAGAGCAGAGACAUUUUUAGACAGAGACUACUGCAUGUCCCAGGGCACCAGUUACAAUUAUCUUGACCCAAACUACUUUCCAGCAAAUAGAUGACAUGGGAAGCAGAGCUACAAUCUUGGGCUUAACUAUCCUCUUUGAAAAAUAACAAUGGCACCAUUGUUAAUUCUGUGCACAUUUUGGAAAGACUUUCUGCUUUCCCUGAAAUGUCGCUCACAGCAUGACAGCUUCCUGGGUGUACUUGUCAAACUACAGCUUUGAACUGUCAUGGUUCUAGAUCACUGAACAGCAGCUGAACAUUCCUAGUGUGCAGAAGGUUUCACUGGGAGACUUUUCUUUCACCACGUUAGUCAUUUUUAGGUGGUGAAUCUAAAGAAAAAGAAAACCAUACAAAAGGGUGAGCCAGAAAUGAGAGCACACAUUAAAGAUAGAGUAAAUUCCAAAGGCUUUGAAGAACUUGGUUACAAUGAGAUCCAGAGGAGAUGAAGUAUUUAUAUAAAAACAGUUUAGUAGCUUGCAGUUUUGUUGUGAAAUAGUUUUCAGCACAGUAACUGACUUGUUUAGGCAAGGUUUAACCAAUGACAGUGUUUGCUUCUAGGAUGUACUCUAAAAAAUACUCACUGUCUCAGUGAUGGUUGGUUACAGGCCUUUAUUAAAUCGGAGCUGCUUAAUCACAUUGACUUUCAAAUUUUUUUUUUUUUUUUUUUUUUUUAACCACGAUGAACUCUAUUUACCAACAGUGAAGCACUACAGGGGGCAACUGUGGCAUUGCUUCCUUAACCAGCUCAUGGUGUGUGAAUGUUAUAAAAUUGUCACUCAGAUAUAUUUUUUAAAUGUAAUGUUAUAUAAGAUGAUCAUGUGAUGUGUACAAAAUAUGGUGAAAAGUGCCAGUGGUAGUAACUGUGUAAAGUCUCUAAUACUCAACAUUAACUCCUUUAAAAUAAAAUACACAGCCUUCUGCCUCUGUAUUUGGAGUUGUUAGUGCAACUCAUCAAAGAAAACUGCCUAAUAUAAAUCAUAUAUAUGGUAAUAAUUUUUCCUCUUUUGUAGUCUGCACAAGAUCCAUGAAAGAUUGUAUUUUUAUUACUAUUUAAACAGUGAUUAAAUUUAGCCUGAGCAGUGAGCAAGGGUUCACAUGCAUUCUUUUAUACUGCUGGAUUUUGUUGUGCAUCAUUUAAAACAUUUUGUAUGUUUCUUCUUAUCUGUGUAUACAGUAUGUUCUUAAAUAAUGUUCAAUUGUCAGGAGAACUGUGAGAAAUAAACUAUGUGGAUACAGUCUGUUUAUAUAGAGAAUGCUUGCCGUGACUUCCUUUCUGUGUAGUUUUGACUUUUUAAUCAAGAUGAAAAACAUAAAAAGUACAUUUUAAUGUCAUACAAGUCCUCACCGUGCAGACCUGUAAGAUGCCUAGCACCUUCCCCCACUGUUAAUUUCAGUGAGAACUAAAAUAUGCUUAGCCUCUUGCAGGAUUAACAUUUCAGUUUUCUCAUACCUUACUCAUAAACUAUUCUUUCUUCAGAUUACAGAAAAGUCGGACUUUAGUAGUACUGGUACGCUGUAUUAGCCAAAAAAUACAUCAAUGUCUGAGAAGUUUUGUAAUUAUUGUGACAUAUUUUUAGUUAAUAUAUUUUUUACUGAAAUGUAUAGCUUGUGAUUCAGAAACAUUGAUUAUUUUUUAACUGUAAUAGAUUUCCAAUUGCUUUAAAACUUGAAUAUUCAGAGCAAAUAGCUAUAAAAGGAACUAAUUGGGCUUAAAAAUAUGGUAAUAAGAAGGGUAAUUGCCUGGCUGCACCUAAUAACUUUACUUAUAACCUGAUUGGUAUUAAUUUUCACAGUAAUAUUCAGGUGUAGACAUUUUUGGCUUUAGAGGAAAGUUUAAGCAGUUAAUCUAUUUAGAAGGUAAUACUUUACAGUUACUAAAACACUGAGUGAUGUAUCAUCUGUAAACAUAUCUCGCAUAUCUCAUAGGCUUAGAGAAAUUUAAUAAACCUUAAAAAAUACAACACAAACAUUCAGAUUUAUUUCAGUUUUCUCUUUAAUGGAAAAAGAUACCGCUCCAAGAGACUCUCUAGUACUAUUAAAAACGUGUUUUCCAACUCAUUCAUGCUGUUUGUAAGAAAGCAGACCUGAUGAAGAUUUAUUAUUCGGGAGAAUCUGUAAUAAUGCUUGUUUUCUGUUGAUUUCCUGAAAAAAUUAUUGGAGGAAAACAUACUAAGUACUUCAGUGAAGAUAUGCUUAAAUGCAGAUAUGUAAUCAUAACUUUAGGACAGCUUAGGAAAAGCAAAAGAAGAUGAUUUUUUUUGAAUGAGAUUGGAAGGAGAAGGAGAACUUCAAACUGAAUUAUCUAGGAAAGAAGUGUCUUGGAUAUGUCCAUUUUUACUGAAUAUGUAUAAAUGCAUGCAUAUACAGCUAUUUCUCUUGCAUACAUUAUGAACAAGUGCAAAUAGUAUCUAGUGCACAUGCAACCAAUCAAGCACAGGGUUUUUUUUGUUUCUUUCCACAGAAAGGGCCAGGAGAAGCAGAAAGAAAAAUUAAACUGGAAAUGUAUGUAAAAUAACUUUGUAAGUGAUUUUUUUUUUAAUUAGCAGCUGAUUAUUACCUUUGUUCCCAUUCUGUGCAAGUAUGAUAUUCCAUACGUUUUUUAAACUUAUGUUGUAAUUAGAAGUAAUAAAAAUACUGAACUACCCAGAUGAAUUUGCAGCUUCGUGGUAACUCCAGAAUCCUUUAAUUUCUGGAAAAAUACAAGACAUCUCCUAGUGCUUCAAAGCUAAGAUUAGAAAAACCUGCCUUUUCAAGCUGAUACGUUCUGAAAGUCUCUUGCUCAAAGUUGAUGUACUGCAGACGCUACUCGUCACUGAAUGGCACUGUUCUGGAGUUGGAAAUGCAUUCCUAGAGCAUCAGAGGUAAACUUAGGACACAAGCAAGGAGGAGCGUCCAGGAUAUAAAGGAUAAGAACAUACCUAAAACAGUCCCUUGAUGAAUAAUUGAAUUAGUGCUUACUGGGCAAAAUGCCAAGGAAGAGGAAAAAAAAGGAAGAAUCCGCUCUGAAUGGAAAAAGGACAUAUUUUGCAAGCAUGCUGGUUUGAUCUAUAUUUUCAAAUGAUGUACUGUGCUUUAAGAAGGAUUAAACCCCACGUACACUGUAACAGAAAUCAUUACUCCUCACUUUUGUACGUUUUAUUUGUAUUAUAUCUUCGUUACAAGAAAGAUAACUUUAAAAAUACAAAUCUGCCCCAUAAAGUACCACUUUGACAGAAAGAGCGAUCAUGCAACCACUUCAACUGUGAAGUUAUCCAGUAGUUCAGUAAGAGGAUGCAGUUACUUUACAGGAAUGUCAAACAAGCUUUUAGAUAGCUAUCAGUGUACCAAAAAACCUACACACUAUUUUGGUUAACUUAACAGAAAUAUGAUACGAUUUUUACAGACUUUUUUGCAGAUAUUGUAGAUAAGUGACCUAUUAAAAAUGCAAGCAAUAUGAAUCAAAUAAUCCCUGACCUUUUUUUUUUUUUUUUUUUUUUUUUUUUUGCUCUCAGUUUCAAGGUUUUGGCAAUGUCACUACAAGGCAACGGAUGCUGAUCUUAAAUUUGCAUUUGAAAUACUUAUGAAGUAUGAUAGAAGGACUUCUUAAUACGUUCUGGUUCAUGGUCAAUUUCGUAUAUAAAUUUCAACUAAUAAAACUAUUAACGUGGAUAACUGGAUUGCACAUUUAACUGCACUAUAUAAUCAUUUUCACCUCAGCCCACAAACUGGCAAGUCACUAUAGUAUCCAAA